AUGUGCGAAUCAAAGGUCAAGAAGGAGAAGGUUGAUGUGGUAGAGGACGCUAUGGACGUCUCGUCCUCGCCCGAGAAAACGAAAAAGGACAAGAAGGACAAGAAGGACAAGAAGGACAAGAAGGACAAGAAGGAAAAGAAGAGCAAAAAGAUCAAGCAGGAAGAGGACGUUGAAUCGCCAAAAAAGGAGAAGAAAGACAAGAAGCGCAAGCGUACCGUAGAUGAAGAUGCUAUAAAAGAGGAGACUGCCAACAAUGAUGACAGUGUCGAGCACACCGGCAAAAAGUACCGCGCAACAGAUGGAUCCGCGAUUCCCGUACCGACGCCUACACCUACCCCCGAGCCCGAAGAAAUCCCCUCUGAACUCCGUCUAACCAGUCACAACUUGUCCGCCUCAACUCUCAAAUCGCUCCAGGCGCGAGGCGUAACGCAGCUCUUCCCCAUCCAAGCUGCAUCGCUGAAGCCCAUCAUGGAAGGAAACGACCUCUUGGGUCGUGCCAGAACAGGCACAGGCAAAACGCUUGCAUUUUCACUCCCCAUGGUUGAAGUGCUGAAACGAGAGCGUGAGACCGAUUCGAAGGCGUUUACAGCUCGUGGACGUGCGCCAAAGGUGCUGAUCAUGGCUCCUACGAGAGAGUUGGCUAUGCAAGUUCAUCGAGAGUUUGAUAGUAUUGCAUCCGGGGAGUUGAAGAUAGUUUGCGUGUAUGGUGGAACACCUUAUGAUCAGCAAUAUUACGCGAUGAGGGAUGGUGUAGAUGUUGUCGUCGGAACCCCUGGACGACUCAUUGACCACAUUGAGCGUGGAAACCUCAAGCUUGGCAAUCUUCGAUUUGUGUGUUUGGACGAGGCGGAUCAAAUGCUCGACAUUGGAUUUGCAGAUGCAAUGGAAAAGGUCCUCCAGUCCGUUGCCGAGCACAAGUCUGCAAAACCGUCUUCGCCCAAACACCAAACCCUACUUUUCAGCGCGACGCUCCCAGAAUGGAUCGCGAAAGCUGUGGCAAAGUACAUGCGCGCCGACAAAGUCACCGUCGACAUGAUUGGAAAGGACAAGCAAAAGACGUCCGCCCUUGUCAAGCAUCUUGCUGUUCCAUCCCGCUGGCAGAAUCGGACAUCGGUUUUGGGAGAUAUUAUUGCCGUUUACGGUCGGGGCGGAAAUGGCCGGACCAUCGUCUUUGUCGAAACCAAAGGCGAAUGCAACGAUCUUGGCUUGAAUGAGAAAAUCGCUGCUUUCGGUACCCAAGUCAUCCACGGGGACGUUCAACAAAAACAACGCGAGGUUGCCAUGCAAGGAUUCCGUGAUGGUAAAUUCAAAUGCCUCAUCACGACCAAUGUAUGCGCACGUGGUGUCGAUAUCCCUGAGGUGGACCUUGUUAUCAACUGUGAGCCACCUUCGGAUGUUGAAUCCUAUAUUCAUCGGUCGGGGCGAACGGGCCGUGCUGGCAAAUCUGGCGUCUGUGUCACAUUUUAUAAGCCACAACAAGAGUACCUUUUGCAGAAUAUUUCGCGACGGGCAGGAGUGGAGUUCACCAAAGUGGGUGCACCGCAAGCGACGGAUAUCGUUAAGGCUCGUGCACAGGACACAUUAUCGACUGUUGCGGGUGUUUCCGAAGAAGUUAUUCCCUACUUUAUUGAUACCGCAGAAGCGAUUUUGACACGGUUUUCGGAUCCGGUGAAAGCUCUCUCAGCGGCUCUUGCCGUUAUUUGCAACACUACUCAACCGUUACCCCCUCGUUCCCUCCUUUCCGCCAACGAAGGAUUCUACACGCUCUUGUUUAGUGUCGACCAAACGAUUCGGAACGCAGGGUACGUUCGCGCAAUUGUUCAACGUACCUUUCCUGGAUUAUCCUAUGAGGAUACCUGUAACUGGCGUAUGACGAAAGAUGAGAUGGGCGUUGUGGUGGACGUUGUUGCGAGUAAAGUCAAGGUUCUUCCGGAGGGGUUGGAGAUUGCGGGUGUGCCUUGGAUAGAUGGACGGGGCGUUACGCUUGAAAUUGCUAAAGAGUUACCUGAGCUGCAGGAAAUGAAAUUUGCGGGGGCUCCUCAGGGGGGUGGAUACGGUAAUGGUAGAAGUGGGUAUGGAGCUGGUUCCUCGGCGAGAGGACGGAGUUUUGGUGGUUCUAGUAGGGGGCGUGGAAGCGGUGGACGUGGAAGUGGACGUGGAAGUGGUCGUGGAUCCUUUAGAGGUCGUAGAUAGAUGAUUAUGUCUAGGCGGGAGGAAUAUGGUACAUAUUUGGGGAUUUUCGUAGGUGGAGUUAUCUAGUUUAUGUGAGUGUUCUUUACAAUAUAUUUAAGUUUGCAAAAGAUA